AAUUAUCGACUAAAACCGUCUACAGUUGAGCUUUGCAUGAAAAAUAAGGAAAAUCGAAGCAAGCAAACCAUUCCUCACACUUGUGGAUCUAAAUCCAACUCUCGGAGGCGACAUGAGAUGUACUUGGAAACGGGAAAGAAGCCUAGUAGAGGAAUGAUGUACAUUGAAACACAUAAGAGAAAGGAUGGGUCUUUUGUAAAUAACGAGGCAUUAACUAUAGUGGAACAAAUUGAGCUGAAUAUGACACAGUCAAAUACACAAUUUGAGGUAUCCCCUAAUGAUGCUGUUGGUAAAGUUUUGGGGCCUGAACACUCUGGGAGAGUUCGUUGCAUGGGCAUGGGAGCAGCGCCUACAAAUACCUUUAGGAAUGUGAGAAGUCGGCUUAAUGGGAUGACCAUCUCCACUAAUUCAGCUGGAUCUUCUUCGCCUACUACUUCUGCAAUUUUACAGGAAAAGAUCAAUAAUUUGGAGUCCGACUUACAUAAUUCACAGCAAAAGGUCAUUAGUCUAGAGUCUAAGUUGCAGCAAUCAUUUGAUAUGAUGAAAGCAUAUCUAAUGAUGAAGGAAGGAGGAAUUCCCGAAGCACUUGUUGGCUUUUUUUCUGCCCGCGAGGCUAAUGAUGCUGAAAGUGAGCCUACUACUCCCUUUGAUGCUAGGAGAUCAGCUGGUGAUAGUAACGGACAUCCGAGGACAAAUAUUUGA